AAGGAACUGGCGGUGGGGCUGGGGCGGGCAAGAGCUGCUUCCUAACCAGACAUCGUCAGCUUUAGAGCUACCACAAUUUUAAAGAUCCGAGUUCAGAUAAUCACUGCCGCCCCUGGAGUCAGAGCCAAGGCUCCAGCUCUCGAGGCGUUGAGCUCAGGUCCCUUCCUAACCCAGUCCGGAAGCCGUGGGCAAGUUGUUGUCGUGCCCCACGCUUGAGAGAAUGGGGAUGCAGACUGUUUACAUGCCACGGAGGAUGAAUGUGGGGGUGGCACACAGCGAAGUAAACCCCAACACUCGAGUGAUGAAUAGCCGAGGCAUCUGGCUGGCCUACAUCAUCUUGGUAGGAUUGCUGCAUGUGGUUCUACUCAGCAUCCCCUUCUUCAGCAUUCCUGUUGUCUGGACCCUGACCAACGUCAUCCAUAACCUGGCUAUGUAUGUCUUUCUUCAUACGGUGAAAGGGACACCCUUUGAGACUCCUGACCAAGGAAAGGCCCGGCUACUGACACACUGGGAGCAAAUGGACUAUGGGCUCCAGUUUACCUCUUCCCGCAAGUUCCUCAGCAUCUCUCCUAUUGUGCUCUAUCUCCUGGCCAGCUUCUAUACCAAGUAUGAUGCUGCGCACUUCCUCAUCAACACAGCCUCAUUGCUAAGUGUACUGCUGCCGAAGUUGCCCCAGUUCCAUGGGGUUCGUGUCUUUGGCAUCAACAAAUACUGAGGGAUGGGUUUUGGGACAGCUCCAUGGGCAUGGGGAAGGCACUGAAACAGAGGACUAUAAAACAUCCUUCUCUUAUUCUCCA